UGGUCGUUGAAUAUUAUUCACAAAACAAUACAGAAACAGAAGGGAGUGAGAGUGAAAGUGUGAUGAUGGAGUAAGUAAACUAGUAAAGUGUAUUCAGAGAGGGGUCCAUUCCUUAAUAGUCUCUCUUCCAAAUUCAAUUCAAGAUAAGGGAAGGGGAAACUCUACUCUACUAUUCUCUUCUCUUGUCGCCAAGGAUUCAGUAGUGUUAAUCUUGUGAGGUGCAUAUUCGAUGGCAUCCUCACACUCGGAAGCUGCUAAGAUGGAACAAAUUAUAACAGAGUUCUUUGCCAAAAGCAUUCAUAUAAUACUUGAAUCAAGGGCACUUUCUGUCUCCUCACGUAGUUCCUGUCUUGAUCAAGCUAUCUCCUCUCCAUGUUCCUCAUCUUCCUCCUCCCCCAGCGUGCGCCCCAGGGAUAAAUGGUUCAAUUUGGCUCUUCGUGAUUGCCCUGCCGCCAUAGAUAACAUUGACCUCUUACGCCGCAACAAUCUUGACUUUAUAGUCAUUGAUGUUAUUUUAGUGCAAAAGCCUCUUGGCUGGGACCCCAUGAGUUUAUCCCCCAAAAGGGUUCUUCCUAGGAGUUCUUCACUCAAGGAAAGAUACCCUUUCAGCUGGAAUACCGAUCAGGAAGAAUUGGGACUUGACACAAACACUGAAAAGAUUGUAGAGAGAUGGGUGGUUCAGUAUGAGAGCAGAAAGACAAGGGAUUCUAGUUCUGGUACUAGGAGGUCAAGUAAUGUUUCUUUGCAUGCCUUGUAUAAGAAAUCAACUUUACUUCUGAGGUCCUUGUAUGCCACUGUUCGACUUCUACCUGCCUACAAAAUUUUCAGAGAGCUAAAUUCGUCUGCACAGAUUCGUCCCUUUACUCUUGCUCACCGGGUAUCUUCCUUUUGUGAGCCCUUCACCCGUAAAGAGGAAGCAGAAAUGAUGAAAUUUGGGUUCACCCCUGUGGAUGCUUCUUCUGGUAGGCUGUGCCUUUCGGUGAUGUAUCGCCCAUCUGCAUCGGAUGUGAGCUCUGAACCUUCAACUCCGUUGUCCCCGCAAGUUAUAACUGACUAUGUUGGCAGUCCAUUGCCAGAUCCAUUGAGGAGGUACCCGUCUGGAUUGCCAUCACAUGGCUCUCCUUCGUCAUUGCCAUUUUUGAGGCGACAUAGUUGGAGUCACGACCAUUGGAGAGCCUCACCUCCUUCCAUUACUUAUUCACCUUCACCAACAUAUUCAGAAUCGCACACGUCUAUAUCUAAUGCAAGUUCUCGGCGUUUACCACCUUCAAGUUUGCCCCCUCAUCCAACUGAGAUGUCCUUGUUUCAGAAGAAGAAUUCAGGUUUUGAUGAGUGUUAUCCCUCUCCAUCACCUUCAAUAUACUAUCCCGGGUCAUUACCAUCUAAACCACUUUUACGAUCUGAAAGUGCUCCGGUCAGCAUACCUAAUGCUGAAGCUGCAGUUUCCCCUGGAUACCCCAACACUAACAGGCAUAAUUUGCCAUCAACUGCUCCACUUAGAGGUUUAAGGUGUGUUUCUAAGAACGAUAGGGGGGUGAACACAAUGCAAACAGGUGCAACAGCUGAGAAGUUGUUUCCUCUUGGAAAAGAUGAACCUCGUAAAUACUCUGGAAUCAAGAUAUCAGCUUGCAGUUCACCACAAAGCUCAAAUAGGUCUUAUCAGGAUGAUUUUGAUGAAACUGAUUUUUCUUGCCCCUUUGAUGUUGAUGAUGAUGAUCUGACAGAUCCAGGCAGCAGGGCGGAAUCAUUUGAUCAUGGUCAUAUGGCUGAGGCAUUUGAAGCUGGAGGAUUCCUUCCCAUCAGAAAGUCCCAGGAUGCUGCUGUUGGUGCACUUGUACGUAUGCUGAAGAAAGCACCACCUCUCCGGCAAGAUUUCUCUACUUCUGAACACUUGUCACACAGCACACGCCCCGAAACCUGGAAUGCUAACAACAUUCAAGCUCUAGAAGCACCAGUGCCAGCAAGCAUGAUGUCUUCCGGGCUCACAGCAACAAGGAAAACAACAACUGAUGCAUUGGAAGAGUUUCAUGGCUACAGAGAGAUGAAAAACCUGUUGCUUACACGAGGUAGUAAGCCCCAGAUAUAGUAUACCUGUGGCAUGUUUGGUUUCUCUUUUGGAAAUGCGAGAAGCUAUUCUGUUGCAGCUUCUUCCCAAACUACAGUUUUGGAGUUCUAGAAGGGAAAUUAUUCAUGCUGUAUUAUGCUUCUGCCUAACAAGGUUCACAGUGGAAUGGGAUCACUAAAAACAAAAACACACCUUUUUACUUGAUAAAAUUAAGCUAAUAGAAAGAUAUGUUCUUUUUCUAUUUUGAAAAUAUGUGUAAAUAUGAUGAUCAUGUGUGAUCUAAAGGUUUUUUAUCCAAUGGCAUGGUGGGCCUUAUACUAUGUAACACACAUGCAACUGCUAAUAGUCAACUUCCUGUAUAUAUAUAUAUAUAUAUAUAUAUAUAUAUAUAUAUAUAUAUAACACGAGGCAGAAGAUUUAUUUGCUAUGCUAUUUGAUCUUAUUGGCCAAUCUUG